GGCGACAUUUAGUUGCAAUACCUGAAAACUUUUAUCAGACAUGCUGGUGUUAACUAAUCCCUUGCAGUGAAUUGCACUCAAUUACUGGCUUUAUUAGAGUAGAGCCCUUGGUUACUCUGGGGCCAAAAACAAAAACAACAACAACAACAACAACAACAAUUGCACUCAAUUGAUAAAAAAUAAGCAAAGGAACUAUCAUGAUAUCAAGCCUACCUAUCAACUGUUGGAAUAUAUAAUAUAUAAUAUAUUUUAUAACAUAUUGUCGCAAUGACGGAAGAAAAAGCUACAACCCAGGAAUUCAAGCUCGAUCCUGACUGCGAGCUUCGUUUCGAAGUCGAAAGUAAAAAUGAAAAAGUUACUUUGGAGUUGAAAAAUGGACUAGCUGAAGUAUUCGGUACAGAAUUGGUAAAAGGUAAAAAAUAUGAAUUUUCUGCGGGUGCCAAAGUUGCAGUAUUUACAUGGCAAGGCUGUACGGUGGAAUUGGUGGGAAGGACGGAUGUCAGCUAUGUUGCCAAAGAGACACCCAUGGGAGUAUACUUGAACUGUCAUGCUGCCAUGGAACGAAUGAGAGAGGCGGCUGAGAAGGAUGACACCCGAGGACCAAUAACCAUGGUUGUUGGUCCUUGUGACGUUGGCAAAUCGACUCUGUGUCGGUUACUGCUCAAUUAUGCAGUUAGAAUGGGAAGACGCCCUAUUUUUGUUGAUCUAGAUGUUGGUCAGGGUCAUAUUGCCAUUCCAGGCACAGUUGGUGCGCUCCUAGUAGAACGACCUUCAAAUGUUGUCGAAGGCUUUAGUCAGCAGGCACCACUGGUUUUUCACUUUGGACAUAAGUCUCCCAGCAUGAAUGCAACUUUGUAUAAUCUACUUGUAUCCCGUUUGGCAGAAGUCUGUUCCGAUAGACUUCAAGCUAAUAAAAAGGCCAGAGUUUCAGGUAUCAUUAUAAAUACCUGUGGCUGGAUUAAAGGCGGAGGGUAUAAAAUGUUAACUCAUGCAGCCCAAGCCUUCGAAGUGGAUGCGAUUUUAGUAUUAGAUCAAGAGAGAUUGUACAACGAACUUGUGAGAGAUAUGCCCGAUUUUGUAAAAGUAGUUUUUUUACCAAAAAGUGGCGGUGUAGUAGAACGAAGUCAAACACAAAGGAUUGAGGCGCGUGAUCAAGGUGUACGAGAAUAUUUCUAUGGAUCACGUACGCCACUAUACCCACAUAGUUUUGAAGUGAAGUGGAACGAGGCACGGCUUUAUAAGAUUGGAGCUCCGGUACUUCCAGCUUCCUGCAUGCCUUUGGGCAUGAAGGCUGAAGACAAUUUGACCAAAUUAGUUGCAGUUACGCCAGGACCUAGUUUGCUACACCAUUUAUUAUCGGUAUCUUUUGCCGAUUCUCCCGAAGAUGACGUUGUUCAGACCAAUGUAGCAGGGUUUGUGUGUGUCACAAAUGUUGACGUUGAACGACAAACAUUCACGGUACUGAGUCCUCAGCCAAGGCCUCUUCCCAACACAGUUCUCUUGCUUUCAGAUAUUCAAUUCAUGGACAGUCAUUAAAUUUAUUCUAAAAAAAAUGUUCCAGCUAACAGGUGUACAUAACAUACUAUAUGCAAUGUAAGAAAUCAUUUUGUAUUUGCCAUGUGUCAUGCAAUUGGAUUAUUUUUUUAUCAGAAAUUAUACUGCAAUGGAGGAUACCAACAAAAUUAGUUCAAAAACCUAUACAAUAAACUGGAGUUUACAUCCAAGUUAAUUUCACAAUAUUAGUUGUAUGGGCGCUAUAAUUUAAUAAAACAACUUUUACAUUUA